AGGAGGAGGGAGCGGGGAGGAGGGAGGAGGGAGGAGCCCCGGGCUCGGGCGCCGCGCAGCCAGCACUAGCAGCCGCGCCUCGGAGUUUGAGCCGCGGCGGGUGGGAGCGCAGCGCGGCGCCGCCCCCCGGCCCCCGGCCCCCGGCCCCGGCGCCCCCCGAGCGGUGGCAGGAGGAGGGCGGGCGGCGGCCGGGCCGGCGGGCGGGCGGCGGACUAUGAGGCGCCCACCAUGGUGCGGUACGACCGCGGGCUGCAGAUGCUGUUGACCACGGCCGGAGCCUUCGCCGCCUUCUCGCUCAUGGCCAUCGCCGUGGGCACCGACUACUGGCUCUACUCCAGCGCGCACAUCUGCAACGGCACCAACCUCACCAUGGACGAGGCGCCCCCGCCCCGCCGCGCCCGCGGCGACCUCACCCACUCGGGGCUGUGGCGGGUGUGCUGCAUCGAAGGUGUUAGCUCCGCCCCUCGGUUGUUUGGGACUCACCUGGGUGCCAGGCCUGCGGGUAGUUCAGCUGGUCCUGCCUAUUUUCAUCUGGAAUCUGCCCCCCCCAUCUCCCAAAGGAAACUGCUUUGCCCUUUGCCCCUUGCCCUUUGCCCUUUGCAGUCAGGAGCUUAGUGCUGAGGCUAAGCGGUUCUUGCAGUCAGGGGAAUAUGCUAUCAAUAAUCAAUAAUCGGGGAGACACAGCCACACAGAGAGUCCGGUUCGCCCAGGGCAGCACGCUCCUCUUUUUCUCUGGGAAAACAUCCUUUCAGUGCGCCCUUUGCUGUCAUCACGACGCCUCCUCCCCUCCCGCUCACCCGGAGAACUUGCGUCACCACCUGCCCCGCCACAGAGCUGCCCAGGCCUCCGCGCCGCGUGGCACAGCGAGUCGGACCACUGUCACCAGUGUCACUGUGGUGUGCACCUGAGAACUCUGUCUGCUUUCUGUGCUGGCAAGCCCGGCCUCUGCAGAGUGGGGCUCUGGUGCCUCCUCUCCUGACUCCUCAUCCUAAUUAGGAUUGACGCUGCUCUUAGCAUCUUGCCAGCUGCCUUGAGCCAUUUGCACUUGGUGUUCAUGGAGAGAGCCCCAAGCUCAUCUGGGCAGCUGGCUGCACUGGCCACAGGAGGGUGGGGUGUUGUCAUCUGGGCGGGGGUGGGGGGUGCUUCACCAAAAGAAAUGGGCUGCCCUGGUCACCUACCAGGGCCCAAAUAGGCCACAUUCAAGGGCCAAAGCAUCUUUGGACCAAUCCAGGGCUGGAGGCACUGGCUCCGAAUUCUUUGUCAGGGGCUGAGUGACAGUUCCUCAAACUGGGUGGAAACUCCCAGCUUAGCUCUUAAAAGCUUGUCCCAAAGGCCAGACGCCA